UCUGGUUUUUCUUGGAGUGAGGUCUGUGCCUGCCGACGCGCCUCUCCUGUGCAGCCCCCCUCGAGAAGAGCUUCUUUUUUUUAAGAAAAGAAACCUUGGAAUUUUUUGAAAGGGAGAAGAAUCUACAUAAUACCAGUGAAGUGGAUAAAAGCGCACGGCUGGAUUCUUUUUGCGUUCCCUCAUUCGUUUCCUCCUCUGGUGCCUGAAUGAAACAGGGAAACAGAUAUAUGGGAAAGAGGAGCUGUGCAGGUUUUGCACUGGGAGUCGAUCUGUCAGUGAGAUUUUGCGUAAACAUGUUUCCUGCGAGCUCGCGUUAACUUCUCAAACUGCUGAACUCGACUCCGUUCCUCUUCCACCGCGGAGUUGGUUUUUCUCGGAACGAAGAGACUUUGGUGUUUUCCCCCCUUCAGAGAAACUGCUUAAACUUUCUGCGUUUGAAAAAAAUAAAUAAAUAAAAAGAUCGGAUUGCAUUUUCCCCCUUCAAACAUUUUGGAGGUGAUGUCAUCGUGCUGUGUUUUGGCAGGUAUUGUGUCGAGAGGGCGCAGGGAGGACUACUGCAGCCAGGCGGUAACCAGCGGCUGAGGAAAGCGGGGAAGUCCGGAAAAUCAGGUGCAAAGUGCGGCUGUCAUUUCCUCGCCGUGUCGCGGGUGGCUGAGUCCGCCACCCAGUCACAGCUGUUCCCAUCAUCUCCAGCCACCCCUCCCUUACUCAUCUUUCUUUCCCCUUUAUUUUCCCCUCCCAUUCUCAUUCAGCACUCUCCAUAUACCCCUCUGAGCUGGACCGCUCCGGGACCUUAUCACCCACUUUGUCAAACGCUGUUGGUCGGUGUCACCUGAGCCACAGACCAGUUGAGUCAGCGUGGGGGCGCAGACAUGACCGUGCCCACCUUGCAUUACCCUGCGCCCGCAGAGCAACCUUCUCCAGGUCGCAGUUUCCUCCACCAGCACGCCCAGGUACCCCACCUCCAACAGCAUCUGACCCUGCUCUACUGGGACUAAACCUGCCUCCUGCUCCCGUCUGCGGCGUGGCAAACAACCCGUCUCAUCCCAGCAACCACAUAACUCAUUUUGGUGUCCAGGAGCCUGCUGUUACGCUUAAACGUUACGCAUUGGAUUACACAAAAGAUUACGCACGCGCCGCAUCUGUUCACUCGGCCAAGCAUCACUCUGAGGGUCAACAGGGUCGAUUGGAAUUGGCUAUCUGUAAGGCGUGAGCGCGCUUUCACCUGUUCCUCUCUUUGUCGGGUACGCGCAGCGAGCGUUUAAAAUUCUAACCCUUUGCUCCCCCGCCCAUCCGUUCCUUCCCCGGUCUGGACAGCUGUUAAGAGGUUGCCCGGCGGUCACAGUGGCACAGUUCACCCAGCUUCAGACCCCAACUUGCCCGUGCCCGCACAUUUACUUACGCCGGGGCAACCGGGGCACAACGCCGCCGAUGCCAACGGGAGUGUCCGCUCACUCUUUGACUCUGCACAACAUCCACCGGAUUCAAAACACAGAGGGGGACUCUGAGCCACUCUGUCGGACUGGCUCAAACCGAGCAAGGAGACUGUCUCUGGGACAAGUUCCAUAGUGGAGGGGGGAAGCAAUGUGGUCCCUUCUUUCCACGCUGACCGUCUUAUGUAUCCAGAUGUUGCUGGUGAUGUGCAAUCCAUUACAGCAGGUACUUGGUAUGGAUGGAGUCAACUUCAGUGUGCAUGUGGAGAACCAGACACAGGUGCGAGACACCAUGAGUCGGCGACACCACCGAGUAUACCAGCUCUACAGCCGAACCAGCGGCAAGCACGUCCAGGUGCUGGGACGCAAAAUCAGUGCCCGGGGUGAAGAUGGAGACAAAUAUGCCCAGCUCGUAGUGGAGGCUGAUACCUUUGGUAGCCAGGUGAGAAUCCGUGGCAAAGAAACCAAUUUCUACCUGUGCAUGAACCGCCGUGGGAAGCUGGUAGGAAAGAAGGCCAGUAAUCGAAGUGCAGACUGUGUCUUUGUGGAAAAGGUCCUAGAAAACCACUACACAGCUCUAAUGUCAGCGCGCUACACGGGCUGGUAUGUUGGCUUUACUAAAAAAGGGCGUCCUCGCCGUGGUCCGCAGACGCUUCCCAACCAGCAGGAUGUACACUUCAUGAAACGCUUCCCACCGGGAGAGCAGCCUGACCUCACCACUCCAUUUCGCUUCACCACCGUCAGCAAGCGGGGCAAGAGGGUGCGCGCUACUGGGCCCCGCUAGUUGUGGCUAACUCUAGCACCCACUGUCUUGUCAUCCAAAGCCUUGACCUGAGCCUGCCAAUAGCUAACCCUUUCAUUCCUUCUGUCACACACGACUGAACACUUCCCUUUGUUGGGAAAAACAUUGACCAGAAUAUUAAUGAAUCAUUCAUGGGGUUUAGCUCUACACCUGAUUUGCCACUACAGCCUCCCUAGUUAAUGAUCAUUCCUCUCAGUUUAAGUUCCCCUUACUGGACCAACGAGACCAAUAAUUGGUCCCAUGCUGGAAGCUCUUUGGACCUGGUAUGCUUCCCUUCAUUUUCUAGAUACACUGACAGUGAACCUGAAGGGCAGCCAGAGUCCGUGGGGUCUACAAAGGCCUUUAGUUCACAACCACAAAAACCACAAGGCCUUUGUGUCUCCUGUUCUGUACCAGCUGGACAAUGUCAAGUAUGGGAUUACAACUGGACCAUGCAAAACGGACAAGGGUGAGAAAGACUGACUGAACAAGAGAGUGGGUGCUUAGCCUGCAGAUAAAGGGAAAGAAUGAUGGAGAAGACAUGAAAAUGGUGGAAUGGACAAAAGGGAUAUAGUGAUCUGCUCAGAUCAAAGGGACCAGUAAUGGACUGUUGACAUGUGUCGCACUUAUUUGUCUCACUGCUAAAUUAGUGCCAUCCUGUGAGGCUAUUGGGUGAAUGGCAGGGUGAACGAGGGAAUGUUCGAAUGAGUGGCUUCCUGAAUAAUUGCAUGUUUGCAAGAAGUCAAUGAGAAAUGUAUGUUAGAGUGUGUGUGUCUGUGAGUGAGCGAGUGCAACAACCAUGAGUGAAGCUGGAUCACGGGGGACUCUGGAAAGGGACCAUGUAGUCCCUGCAUGAACCUGUGACAACUCACCGCAGGGACUGAAGCUUUAGGAACUGGAAUGUAUAAGAAAAAAAAUACACAAAAAAAACAAGCUGCACCAAAAACAGCCAGCAAAAUCACAGCAAAACCAAACUAACAACUGACCAAAGACAACUGGAAGACAACCUUCUUCAUGAAUCCUCCCCCCCAACAGGACAUGACAUCCUUAGCCUUUAGGCAGAGAGGAUGAUGAGUGCCGGGGCCGAGCCCGCCGGGGAGGGUGCCUUUUCUUUUAGCAUCGCUAUGGAAACGACCCAGGGGAUGAUGCUCCUGUGCGAUACCGUGGAUACAGAGUGCUGCUACCAGGACAUUCAGUGGAACAAACCAAAGUCUCAUGCAUAAACACAGGAGAAAAAAAUAUUAAAGGGAACAAUUUAUUGAAAGUUCUAUAUAUAUAUUAUAUAUAUAAAAGAAGACAGAAACCCUAAAUAAGCAAUCUUACUAUGAUGGUUACUAUAAUUAUUAUGAUAAAAUUAUUUCAUUUAUUUAUUUCAGCUCUGUGUGCAGCAGUCUUUCUCGACUCAGUAAACCUUACAGAAACAUUUUCUUUGUCUCCCGUCCUCAUUCAACUUCUUCUUCACCUGCUACGUUCUGUUUAAAGGGCCACUUUCACAGACACGCCUGAUCUGAUCUUCUAGUGAUUAAUACGUUGUUUGAAAACCUAUCACUUGGCAGCCUUUUUGUUUUAAUUUAAAGAUUAAAUAUCUAAGUAAUUUAUUUAGCCAAAUAUUAAAAGUUUUGUAAGUUCUAGCUACUGUAAUACAAUGGGUUGAUAGCUUUCUGUGUUUUAUAUCAUUUAGAACGUGUUUUUUCAGGUUCAGGUUCAGGCUCACCUCUACGUAGAUUUGGUCUGCAUUAAGGGUCCUCACAUGCAGAUCUUCUGAACAAACAGACAAAAGAUAAGCUAAAUACAACACACUGAGAUAGAUAAAUUAUAACAGAACCUAUGCAGCAUCAUGUAGGAUUGCAAAAUUAUGACUUCUUCGUCUGAGUGGUAGCUGCUGGAAUAAAGCUGUUUUUUGUUGUUCUAUA